UGUGCGUGUGAGCUUCAGAGAGAGAGAGAGAGAGAGAGAGAGGAAGCAACCGACGACUCUCUCUCACACUCACUCACUUUGGUAGUUUUCUUCUGUUUCAGAUCGUGGUGGGUCGUGAAGUGAAGUUGUUUCCGAUGUUCACUGUUCUAUUCCUUAACCAAUUUUCACAGGAGAAUACGUUCGUAUCCCAUACCUGAUUUAUGAUCACGGAAUGAGGAGUUCCAGAAUAGAGCGAAAAUCUUAGCGGAGGGUGCAGAUUCGUAAACUACUUUGUUAUGUGAAUUGUGUUAUUGUUGUUACGUGAAAAGGACGGUAGUUUCGAAGGUAAAAAUUCCUUGGUUUCUCCUCCUUGUCAAAAACUGAUAUCUACGAGAAUGUGUGAGUGUCUGUGUUGCUUUUGUUUAUUGGCCAGAAGGAAAAUUAAAGAGAAGGAGGGUGAAAACUGAAAAGGAUGUUCCUCUGUGUGUUGGGGACCAGUGCUUUGCAUAACUACCAUGUCACGAUCAAUUUAAUAUUUAUGUGAAACUUUGUUACUUACUUCGUUCUCAAGCGUUCUUGUGGGGUCGCUGCAAUGGAAAGUUUUCUAUUCUUACAUUACAAUUGGUCAUUGUUGAAGGAAGGAUUAAAAAUGAGAACCUCGCUUUAUAUGUUCAGCCUUUCUUUUUUUUGGAAAUAAAAAAAAUCCCCCUCCUCUCGUCCUUCUUUAUUCUUCUAUCUAGAUGAAGCUUGGUACCAAAUAAUAAGCAAAAGACCAGCAUGUCCUUUAAUCGCACUAAAGUCAUGAUUAAUCAUCUCUCUCUCUCUCUUGAAAGAAAAGUCUUUUUGGGCGUGAUAUAUUGCCAACCACUGCUAAUUGUUAAUGAUAAUAACGUAACUAGUUAGCAUUCUGUUUUUGUCUUGGUCUUUCUUUCUGUUGGUUGGAUAUAAUCUAAAGUUAGCUCGUUGUUGCUGUUAUUGCCUAUUUAUUUAUCUACCGGAACUAAUGGGUUGUUACUUUCUGAGUUUGUUCAGUCAUGAUUAUGAUUAUCUUGUUGCCAUAUAGUUAAGGGCUUAUUAUUUUUUUCUUAACUUCCAGUUGUUUUCUUUUAAAUGUCUUACAUUUUAGGAAAUGAAGAAUAACAUUAAUAAUUAGCCACACAACUUAUCCUCUUUUAGGAUUCAUGGGCUUGUUCUGAUUUCUGAUUAGCUUGUUAAUUGGGUUGGAAAGAAUAUUGAGUUAAAAGUGAACAAUGGGGGCUAUGGCUGGAGAAGAGCUGUUGAAAUUGGAGAAGACACAAGGGGUGAGUGGUCGUGAAGAGAAGAUCCUCGUGUUAGUAAGGUUGAGGCCUUUGAGUGAGAAGGAAAUUGCUGCUAAUGAAUCAGCAGAUUGGGAAUGCAUUAAUGAUACUACCAUCUUGUACCGGAACACACUGCGUGAGGGUUCCACAUUUCCAAGCGCCUACACAUUUGACAGAGUAUUUCAGGGUGACUGUGCCACAAGGCAGGUUUAUGAGGAAGGAGCCAGAGAAAUUGCUCUUUCAGUUGUUGGUGGAAUUAACUCAAGUAUUUUUGCUUACGGGCAAACAAGUAGUGGAAAGACAUACACGAUGAUUGGAAUAACCGAAUAUGCUGUAGCAGAUAUUUUUGACUAUAUAAAGAGGCAUGAAGAAAGAGCAUUUGUAUUGAAGUUUUCAGCAAUCGAAAUUUACAAUGAAAUUGUUAGAGACCUUCUUAGCACAGACAGUACUCCACUUAGGCUGCGUGAUGAUCCUGAGAGAGGACCCGUUUUAGAAAAACUCACAGAGGAGACUCUACGGGACUGGGGGCAUUUGAAAGAGCUCCUAUCUUUCUGUGAAGCUCAGAGACAGGUAGGAGGGACAUACCUGAAUGAAAAGAGUUCUAGAUCUCACCAAAUUAUCAGACUGACAAUGGAAAGUUCAGCCAGGGAAUUCCUCGGCAAAGGCAACUCAACCACCUUAGCAGCUAGUGUGAACUUUGUUGAUUUGGCAGGGAGUGAGCGUGCAUCUCAGGCAUCAUCAGCUGGGGUGAGAUUGAAAGAAGGUUGUCAUAUAAACCGGAGUUUACUUACACUUGGAACGGUCAUUCGUAAGCUUAGCAAGGGAAGACAUGGACACAUCAAUUACAGAGAUUCUAAGCUGACUCGCUUACUGCAGCCUUGCUUAGGUGGCAAUGCUAGAACAGCUAUCAUCUGCACUUUGAGCCCUGCACGAAACCAUGUUGAGCAAACUAGAAACACACUUCUUUUUGCUUGUUGUGCUAAAGAAGUGACAACUAAAGCACAAGUUAAUGUAGUGAUGUCUGAUAAGGCCUUGGUCAAGCAAUUGCAAAAAGAGGUAGCCAGAUUGGAGAGUGAAUUGAGAACUCCUGGUCCUGCUACCUCCAAUUGUGAUUAUCCAGCAUUGUUGAGAAAGAAAGAUCUCCAGAUAGAAAAGAUGGAGAAGGAGAUUAUGGAGCUAACUAAGCAACGAGAUCUUGCUCAAUCAAGGGUUGAGGAUUUGCUGCUCAUGGUCGGAAAGGAGCAGAUAUCUAGAAAAGAGGGGGAGGAUAUCUGGGAGGAUGACUAUUCAGCAUCAGAGUCAUCAAGCAUUUAUGGUCCUCAUCAUCCUGAUAUGCGCAUUAGAGAGUUCAAGAAUCCUCACUAUAUUGAUGGAGACAGUGGAAGUAAUCCUGAUGAAGACCCUGAUGAAUACUGCAAAGAAGUUCGAUGUGUUGAGAUGGAGGAGUCAAGUAGAGACAACUUAGAAUAUCUUGAUCCAUCGCUAAGUGACAAUGGGGAGAUGGCUUUACCAAUAUCUGGGGAGGAAAAUGGAACAAGCCAGGAAAUAUCUACACAUUUGAAUUAUGAUAGGGAAGAGGGUCAGAUCCAAGGAAACUCAACAUAUGGUGUGCUGGAGCAGAGAUUGCAUGAUGUACAAUCGACCAUUGAUUCUCUUGUACAAUCUCCACAGGCCAUGUCAGAAAAUAUGUCAAAUUUUAGGGAUCCGAAAUUAACUAGGAGCUGGAGUUGUACGGAAUAUCACAUGUCUGGUUCUCCUGAGACAGGAGGAGAAAUACUGAGAACUCCAGUCAAUGAGUUUGAAAAAGGAUUCCCUGGAAGGCCACAUAGUUUGCGCAGAAAGUUCCCUCCAUUAAAUUUUGAUGAUUCCUCAAGGAAUGGUUCUCAGUCUUCUAUUGGAAGUCCUUCUGUGGAUGAGUUUAGAGACAACAGCAUGAGAACAUCUGCUGCUGAGGAUAUUACUAGCAUCCAGACUUUUGUUGCUGGGAUGAAAGAAAUGGUUAAACUUGAAUAUGAGGAGCAGCUUGUUGAUGGUCAGGAUCAGGAGACAGAAGGAAAACCAUUUAAGUUUGAGAAGAAUGUGAAAAAUGUUGGUGUGGAACCAAUGUUGGAGGCACCUGGAACUCCUUUAGAUUGGUCCCUGCAAUUCAAGAGGCAGCAAAAAGAGAUAAUAGAACUGUGGCAAUCUUGCUGUGUACCAUUGACCCACAGGACCUACUUCUUUCUUUUGUUCAGGGGUGAUCCAACAGACUCCAUUUACAUGGAGGUAGAGCUUAGAAGACUGUCUUUCCUCAAAGAAACAUUUUCUCAUGGAAACCAGUCUGUGAAAGAUAGUCAGACAAUCACACUAGCUUCAAGUGUGAAAGCUCUUCGCCGAGAGAGAGAAAUGCUUGUCAAGCUUAUGCAGAUGAGGCUUUCUGAGGAAGAGAGGAAAAGGCUCUUCAAGGAGUGGGGCAUUGUAUUGAAUUCAAAGCGCAGGAGGAUGCAGCUAGCGAACCGUUUAUGGAUCAACACUGAUAUGAACCAUAUAAUGCAGAGUGCUGCUAUAGUUGCAAAGUUAGUCAGGUUUUCGGAGCAGGGUAAGGCCCUCAAGGAGAUGUUUGGGCUUAGCUUCACACCCCAACACACAAGGCGAAGAUCUUAUUCAUGGAAAAAUAGCAGAGCAUCUCUCUUGUAGGCCUUUUUUUGUGACCCACACGUGUACAGAGUUAGAGAAAUUUUAUCACGUAGAGUUUCUGAUUGAUCACCGUUCACUUGUUUAGCAUUCUUUCUUCGAUGGAAAUAGACAUGGAUGAGUUCCUUCCUUAUUAAGCUAAUUUUGGGCGAUUGUCUUGUCUUUUUAUUGUUUUGGUGUACCACUUAACGAUUUGAGUUUUUUUGUUCUUUUCUUUUUCGGGACAAGAGUUUGUUGUGUUGCUUGGUUUCAUUCUGGACUCUUUUAAUCAUUAUCCCUCGCUCUGGACAAAUUCUUAUGUAAUCUUUGUAUAUUACACAGACAAGUAA